CCUUCGCUGCAACAGCCACAGCCAACCAGAUACCCAUAAUAUCUGCCGAACAUCUGACUAGCCACAAGUAUGUUACCCAGAUGUAGAAUUUUCAUCACUAAACAAUCAUACUAAAGAGGAAAGGACAGUGUGCUUGGUUAGAGUAAAGGACGAGGUCAUUAGCCAUAUUGUAUAUACCGUCAAGCAACACACACAAAAACCCCUCAGCCACAAGACAUCCACAUAUUGCAUGUUAACCAGAAGAAAAGACAACAUGGAAAUCCACUGCACACUGUUGCCUAUACACUUUGUACAUUUAAUUGAUAUUUGUGCUGAGGUGAUAUUCCUGUCUAAAAGAACAACAUUGUCUUUCUUUUCUAGCACAGAGUGAUGCAUUCAAAUAUGCAGACCUAAUUAGUUUCCUAUCUAUUCAUGCCAUCUUGAAAAGACAGACUAUGGUGUAACCAUGAUUCUAUUAUGUAUUGGUACGUCUGUAGACCAAGGUAUAAUUUUUUAAAAAUAAGUUUAUUUCUUUCAAGGUUUACAAAUAACAAAGGUGCACCUUGUAUUUAAAAUUGCCAUUAUAGAUGAGAGCGUGCAUGCACAGUCAUUUUUGUUUAAGAGUAAUAUUUUUAAUGUAAUAGAUUUUAAGAUGUGGUGAGGGAGGGAUCUGACAGAGAUGAAUGUGCCAAGCAAAACCACAACUGUGUAUCUUUUAAAGCACAUCAUGGCUUUAAGUACCAUGUUGUUAAGGAUUCUCAUGAAGUGCCAUAGACUGUACAUCAAAUUAGAGUAUUAUUUCUUCAGUGUUAUUGUUUUCAGAGCCACAUUUUGUUGCUUAUUUGCUAGUACUAAUCAGUCAAAGGGCACCAUUCUUUUUUUUUUCUUUUUUUUUGGAAACCAAAGCUGUCUCAGAAAUGGCCGAUUUAACUUUACAGUAACAAUAGACAGCACAACACAAACUCUCUCAAUACAGAUAAACUCACACAUACUGGAGAUAUAUAUAAUAGAUAUAUAGAGAAAAUUAUUUUAAUGCAUUGUAGUGUAAUAUUUAUGCAUACUAUACUGUAUAACAUGUUAUUCAAAAGGGAUAUGCCAUUUCUGAGACACGAUAACAAAAAAAAGUUUGAGGAAAUUAUUUUGCUUCUAUUUAUAGCUCUGUCAAAAGUCAAAAGACUCUAAAUGCUUUGCAAAAAUGGUUUCACAUUUGCUUAAAUGCUUCAUCACAGUCACAUUUAAAAUAGUGACUCUAAACAAAGAAGAAAGCAGCACUGUCAUCAGAUGCAUGAUAAACCAAAAUAUGAAAAUGGGAAAUGUUUAAUUAACCUAGUAAUUGGGUGGGUUAAGUACAUGGGUGACUUUUAUAUGUGAUUUGUUUUGUUUUGUUUUGUUCAGAUUUACUGCUUAUAGCCUUAGAAAGCCUUUUACAAAAUUAAAAAAAAAAUAGAUGUGCAUUCAGUUUUUAAGAAUGGAUUCAUCCAAAGGAAUUCCUUUUUUUGUGGUUUGGAUGUUGCAGCUAGUAAAGGAUAUUUUUGCUCUGUUCAGCAGUUCUAAAAAUUGCUGAAGUAGGGGCCAGGUCACUGGUAGUUCUAGUGUGGAAUGGGAGAAGUGAAAGUUCAGUUAUAGAACUUUCCAUACUUCCAAGUUUACUGCAAGUUUUUAUGCUUGAGAGAGAUGCUUUCUAAUAUAAGACUGAUGUGUUGAUUUUACUGAUUGUACUGUACAUCUAUUAAAGCCUUAGAUUAUUACAUUACGGGUUGGAACCCAUACCAAUGUAAUUUCAAUCGUGUUAAGAGAGUAAUGGUGACUCCACAUGUUAUUGUAGUUAGUUACAUUAUAGAAUAUUACUUAUUUUUCUUGUUAAAAUGUAGUUUUUCAUUUCCUACAUUUAUUAGAUUUCAUUUUCUAUUAACAAUUGAAUACCAUUUCAGUUUAUAGACUAUUGUUUUGUUAGAUUUUACCGAUGAAUUUUUCAAAAUACAAAAAAAAAUUAAAGUAGUUUUUCCUUCAUAACAUACUCAGUUUUGAAUUACAUGUAGUGUCAUAUGAAUAUUCGUAUUGUUAACUAAAUGAUUUAUAUUUUACUGAUUUAAUAUUAAAGUGUAAGAAUGUCAGUCAUUGUUAGUUCUUGUCUAGUUUUCAUUAAAAGAACAAAGAUCUUUUAUAUGGAUAUCUUAUAAAUAUAUAAUCAUUGCUAAGUAAGAAGUUAAGUUGUUGCUAUCGCAACAAUCCUGGCAGACAAUUGAGUAAUAUUUUGAUGAUUUAUUUUGUUUGUAAUUAGUUAUUAUAAGAAGAUCUAGAUCCUAGAUAUUAGAAUAAAAUUUAUUUUCUACUGUAUCCAUUUCAAAUGUUAAAGUAUUGUUUAAUAUUUUUGAAAUCCCUGAAUAUCAGGCCUUGUUAUAAAUAAGCUGCAUAAUCAAUAAAUAGAACAAGGGACUUUUUGUUGAUAAUCCAAAUACUCAAAGUUUACGUAAUGAGAAUUAUAGCGUGUGUGCAAACUCUUGAGGGUUGAUUAUGCUGCAAUUUAGCAUGUUGGAACGUCUAGAGAGAAGGUUGACUUUUUGCACUUCUGUAUAUAGUCAAAAGAGAGAAACCUGUAUAAUAGUAAGAUCUUAUUUUGAAUAAAAACGUCUAUAAUUACAAGGAGUUUUGUUAAGGCUAAUAAAACGACAGACUGAGCAAAAUUGCUUGCAAACGUGGCACAGAGUUAGCACUCCACACCCCUUCAAACAUGUUGCUUUGCUUUUUGUGGACAGCUUGUAGUUUGCCAGGAUUUUUUCAGCUGGAAAGAUAUGCCAUCCUUCCGAGAUCUCAUGACUGACAAAAACUCCAUUGGGCCAAAUCUGCCUGAAGAUCAUUACCAAAAAUAGCAGGUACUUCAACCAUUAAGGUGAAAUCAUGGAUCAAAUAUUCCUUACAUUUUUCAAAACUACUGCAUGUUUAAAACUUCAACAAAACAAAACAAAAAAAGAACUAUACUAAGGACAUAUACUAUUCAAAUCAGUUUCUGCCAAUUUCAGUGGUUUAUUGUUCACACAACAAAAGAAAAAAAUCUUCAAAACAAGCAUUGACUUUCACAAAAUUUAAACCAUAAACAGGCAAACCAAACAGCACACCGUAGCUAUAGUUGUUAUGUGAUUGUUUUUUAAUUGCUGUAGGAUCCUGUUCUUUCAGCAGGUGAAAAAAAAUAAAACACAGUUCAAAUUUCACGGUUUUAAUUUUCAACUCAGAAGCACUCAAAAAAGCAAAUGUGAUAAUGGGCACUUGUUUAAUGAAUUAGCAUAGCCAGCCUUCACUCCAGCUGGUGAUAAUGUUGCACUUAUCAGCAACCCUACCGCUUUCAUCUGCUGAAAGGACAGAUGUGCUUGGUUUUACUAUUAUGUAAUCACAACUUACUUUCUGCUUGUAGUUGCUUAAAAUUAUGUAUUUUGUCUUGGGCUGCAAUUUGUUUUAUGCUUAUUUUAUUAUUACUGCAGUAGUUGACUUUGCUGUAUGGAAAAAUAAAGUGAAAUUGCCCUAAUAAAACUUCUCUUUCUUAAGUA